AUGAGGUCGAAAGACUUGGCUUUCAUGAUUGUAUUAAUCAUCUCAGGAGAACUCUAUGCAGAAGAGAAACCCUGUGGUUUUCCCAGUGUGGAAAAUGGAAGGAUUGCCCAAUAUUACUAUCCUUUUAGAAGUUAUUACUUUCCAAUGAGAAUAAAUGAAAAAUUGUCAUUUUCCUGCUUGGCUGGUUAUACAACUGAAACUGGGAAACAAGAGGAGCGAAUCACAUGUACCCAAAAGGGCUGGUCUCCAGAACCACGAUGCUUCAAAAAAUGCACUAAGCCCGAGCUGAGAAAUGGUUACAUCUCUGAUGUAAAAUUAUGGUACAAAAUUCAAGAGAACAUGCGUUAUAGUUGUAAUUCAGGCUAUAAAACUACUGGAGGGAAUGAUGAAGAAGUGAUUCAAUGUCUUGGUGAUGGAUGGUCUUCUCAACCUACCUGCAGAAAGGAACACGAAGCAUGUUUGGUUCCUGAAUUACAUCAUGGAAAUUACUCCACAACACAGAAAACAUUCCAAGUGAAGGACAGACUACACUACGAAUGUUCUACCGGCUACUAUACAGCUGGAGGAAAGAAGGCAGAGGAAGUCGAAUGCCGCACUUAUGGAUGGUCUCUCACACCAAAAUGUACCAGAUUAAAGUGCUCUUCUUUAAGAUUAAUAGAAAAUGGUUAUUUUCAUCCUACAAAGCAAACUUAUGAAGAAGGAGAUGUAGUUCAGUUUUUCUGUCAUGAAAAUUAUUAUCUAAGUGGAUCUGAUUUAAUUCAGUGCUAUAACUUUGGUUGGUACCCAGAAUCUCCUGUAUGUGAAGGAAGAAGAAACCGAUGUCCUCCACCCCCUCUGCCUCUAAACUCCAAAAUUCAAACACAUUCAACAACUUAUCGUCAUGGAGAGGUGGUUCGUGUAGAAUGUGAACUUAAUUUUAAGAUACAGGGACCAGAAGAAAUACGUUGUGAAAAUGGAAAAUGGACAGAACCUCCAAAAUGCAUUGAACAAAAGGAGAAGAUAACCUGUGAGGAUCCCCCUGUCAUUGAGAAUGGAACAGCGAACGUAAACUCUAAGACUUAUUUCAAUGGGGAUACAGUGGCAUAUGAAUGUAAAAGUGGGUAUCAUCUCCUUGGAUCAAGAGAAAUAACUUGUAAACAUGGAAAGUGGACACGUCCUCCUGAGUGUGUUGAAAAUAAUGAGAAUUGUAAGCCUCCACCUGCUGUAUUAAAUGGGGCUGUUAUUGAUGGAUUAUUAGCAAGCUACACUACAGGAUCCUCAGUGGAAUAUAGAUGUAAUGAAUAUUACUUAUUGAGUGGAGCAAAAAUAUCUCAUUGUGAACAAGGAAGAUGGUCAUCUCCACCUGUUUGCUUAGAGCCAUGUACUAUUAAUGUGGAUUACAUGAAAAUAAAUAACAUAGAGAUGAAGUGGAAGUAUGAAGGAAAGGUCUUACAUGGAGAUUUAAUAGAUUUUGUAUGUAAACAAGGAUAUGACUUAUCUCCAUCAACCCCAUUGUCUGAAUUAUCUGUACAGUGCAAUAGAGGAGAAGUGAGAUAUCCUUUAUGUAUUAUAAAAGAAUCUAAAGGAAUGUGUGCAUCUCCUCCACUUGUUAAAAAUGGAGUUAUGAUUAGUUCAAUAUUAGGCAUCUAUGAAAACGGUUCCUCAGUAGAAUACAGAUGUUUUGAUCAUCAUUUCCUUCAAGGAUCUAAGGAGUCCUAUUGUUCAGAUGGAGUAUGGACUACACCACCAUCAUGUUUAGAGCCCUGCACAUUAUCUUUUGUUGAAAUGGAAAAUAAUAAUUUAUUCCUGAAAUGGAAUUUUGACAACAGACCAUAUAUUUUCCAUGGCGAGUAUAUUGAAUUUCUUUGUAGGAGAGAUACAUAUGUCGAUGAGUCCUCUAUUAUAGGAUCUGAACUCAGAGUGCAAUGUGUCAGAGGGCAGUUAAAAUAUCCAAGAUGUGUUCAAAGAGGAAGGAUGCUGUCUUAUCAAGAACCCUUAAGGACAUAAAAAUGUAUGGCAGAGAGAAGAAUAGUAUA